AUGCUUGCUUCCUACAGAGGUUUGGAGACGGCGUCGAAGCAGUGUAAAGUGAGUCAUAACAGUGCCGAUACAAAUACAUUAUUCAGAUUGGAAUGCCCAGAUCACACUGAACUGAUGCAAAAGACACCUGUACAGAGUUUGGAAGUUACAUUCUUGCACUUAAACGACAAUCAGGCUCAUUCUCAAACGGUGCCGGCAGUGAACGAACCCGAAGAGGUAAAAGAUGUCAUUUCAGCCACAAAUCGUCCCUUCAUCUCUGAACUGGAUCAAUCCACCGAAGCCAUCAUUCUAGCGAGUGAUGAAAGCAGCCGGUCAGAAGACAAGGCCAGCCUUGAGCCUGAUUCCUAUCCUCAAUCGAGUGAUAGUAAAUUUGACAGAGACUCAGCUAAACCUGUUCAAACUGGCGAAUUUGAUCCAACUGAAAUGUAUUCGCCUGUCAGCUCCGAGAUAGAGGUGAAAAGCAGAGAUCACAUGGCCUCAAUCCGUCCUAGAUUAGCAUAUUUGGAGAAACUUCGAGAAUGUUGGUCGGAAGCCUUGUCAUUUUCACUGAAAACGAAAGUGCAGAGACCUAUGUAA